AUGGAAGGAGAGGCAAGAACUGUUGAUUGUUUAAGGGGAAGAUUGCUUGCAGAGAGUGUGACUUCAAAGGCUGCAAAAGAAGAUGCAGAUCUCAUGGGUAAAAAGCUCAUAGAGCUAGAAAGGCAGCUACAGCUGGAGAUGGAAUCCCGGAACAGAGUGGAGAAGCUGAAACCCACGAGAAGAAAGCUACAUUCCCUGAAACUAUCAGCUGUUCCAAGCCAAUCCAGUUUGCCCGUGAAAAGUGAAAACUCUGCUAGUUCAUCCACAAUUUUCUCAGGCCUCCAAAAGCAAGCAGGAGACCAGAGAGCCGGCUUGCAAACAGCGGAUUCAGGAGAAGGGGCCUAGCAGCACACAUCCCAAUGUUGUAUGCUCGUAGGAGAUUAAGGUCGUUAAUAUUCAACCAAAAAUCAGGCCGGUACCCUAAACGGAAAA